AUAUAUAUUAUCAAAACUUUUUCAAAAGCUGCGAAGUCCUCUUUAUUUUAUUUUCCAACUUCAUUAGUGGAUUUAUAUACAACUGUUUGGGGUGGUGAGGGUGCACAAUUAGAAAGAAGUUUCCAGGAAGAGACAAGGAAGAGCAAUGUCCUCUGUUUUGCCAAGAAUUUUUGUUGCUCUGCUCUUUUUGGUGAUAACUUCACACAAAUCAGGUGCACAGUUUGAGCAAUGGUGCAUCGCUGACGAACAGACACCGGAUGAAGAGCUGCAGAAGGCUCUUGAUUGGGCCUGUGGGAAGGGUGGUGCUGACUGCAGAAAGAUACAGCUGAAUGAGCCAUGCUAUCUUCCAAACACUGUGAAGGACCACGCCUCCUAUGCUUUCAAUAACUACUAUCAGAAGUUCAAGAACAAAGGAGGAACUUGCUACUUCAAUGGUGCUGCCAUGAUCACAGAACUUGACCCAAGUCAUAAAUCAUGUCAGUUCGAGUACAUUCCCUGAUUCAGAGAUGCGGUGAUACCUGCAUAUAUAAACAGAGUGCUAUUUCAUGGAGAUAAACCAAAUCCCCUUCAGAUUGUGUGUUGUACUCUGCUCAGGCUGGUUUAUCGUCGAUCUUCCAUAUUUUUUACUUUGGUAGAAGCCUAGAAGAUGAUGAAAUUUGGUGUCUGAGGUCGAUCUGAUUGCAAGUUGUUUGAAGCCUAUAAAACUUCUUAUGCAAGUUGUAAAUGAGGUUGCUACAUGUAAAGAUUCUCAUGCCUCGGUUUGGUCAUAGCUAGAGUUCAACUCUUUAAUGGCCACUUCUUAAA